UUUGCAAGCCACGAGCCAGCUCAUGCCAACAAAGUCUCAACAACCAAACACCAACGCCAAAACCAAAUAAAAACCCUUCCAUUCUCCACACACCACCACACAGUUUCUCUUCUCUUACCACUUUCUAUCUACUCAACAUGGCCUUCGCCUCUCUCACUCUCAUUCUCUUCACUUCAUUCUGCUUAAUUCUUCGGGCCCAAGCCCAAGCCCAAGCCCCGGCGCCUUCCUCCGGCGCGGUGGACCUCGUUGCCAUCCUCCAAAAGGGUGGCCAAUACACAACCCUUAUCCGUCUUUUGAAUGAGUCGCAGCAACUGACCCAAAUCCAGAGUCAACUCAAGUCAAACUCCCAAGGGUUCACUCUUUUCGCGCCCACCGACAACGCUUUCCAGAACCUCAAAUCUGGGGCUCUCAACGGUCUCAGUGAUGAGAAGAAAGUGCAGCUCAUUCUCUACCAUGUCACUCCCAAGUACUACUCUCUCUCUGAUCUCUUGACCGUCAGCAACCCCGUCAGAACUCAAGCCUCCGGCAGUGAAGGCUCCUGGGGGCUCAACUUCACCGGCCAAGGGAACCAGGUCAACGUCUCCACCGGCGUGGUGGAAACGCAGGUCAACAACGCGCUCAGGCAGCAGUUUCCUCUGGCGGUUUACCAGGUGGACAAGGUGCUGUUGCCGGCAGAGCUCUUCGGAGCGAAGUCCCCCGCGGCGGCUCCGAAGUCUCCUAAAAGCAGCUCUGAAACUCCGACCGUUGGGAAGGCCGGUGGCGCUCCUUCUCCCUCCGGUAACGCGCAGAACGAGAAUGGUGCGGCAGGAAGGAAUGUGGGAUUUGGAGUUAUCCUCGGAGUUGGGUUAUUCUGCAUGGGAGUUCUGUCUUGAGAAAACUUCGCUCUGCAUGUGUCGUGUUCUUCGUCUUUUCUUUCUGAAUCCGUCUCUUUUCUCUUCUACGGGCAAAAGAAACUGUGUUGGGAUUGAUUGAGUUUCACCCUAAUUCUUUGUAUUUAAUGUUUCUUUCUUUCCUUAUGUAUAUUUCAUGCUUCUUUUAUA